UCUAAAGGUGCUUCACUGUGGAAAUCCUAAAAUUCUUCACCGAGAUCUCAAACCCCAGAACGUUUUGAUUGAUGUUACUGGGAGGGCAAGAUUAGCUGAUUUUGGCAUAAGCAGACGCUUACUCAAAGGCCAAACAACUUUACGUACACGCAGUGCAGGAACCGAAUGCUGGAUGGCCCGAGAGACUUUAGCAGCAAAAUCUGCAUCAUACAAGUCAAGCACUGACAUACAGGUGGCUGGGAUGCUGAUCUAUUAUAUCCUUUCUGGAGGCCACCAUCCAUUUGGUGACUUGGACUUAAAAUCCUUUGAAUGUGAGUCAAACAUUUACUAUGGGAAGUACAGUUUGGAUCACAUUCAAGAUGCGGUGGCAAAGGAUCUCAUCGAGUGGAUGAUCAACAAAGAGCCAAAGGACAGACCCAAAGUAGAAGAAUGCUUGGACCAUCCCUUCUUCUGGACUCUGAAACAGCAGUUUGAAUAUUUGAGGGAGACCGGCAACAGGGAGGUGGUGGCAAAUUGUCGAAAUGCCGAUGAAAAGCUGAUUGGUUCACUAGAAGCAUGUGCUAAUGGAUCCUUCAAACUGUGGAAAAAUAAGUUUCCCCAAGAGCUGGUUCGGAAGAUGGAUGGCAGAAAGCCGUACCCUGAAACCACACUGGGAUUACUGCGCUUUAUACGUAAUCUCCAUGAGCAUAAUCGUGAGGACGCUCCUCACAUUGACGUAUUGGUGUUAUUUCCUGAUCUCUUUGGGUGUGUUUACAAGUUUACCAAGGAUAAAGGCUGGAAUUUAGAAGGAAAUAAGGAAAUGUUUGAAAAAGAAGAAACAAAGGACAUUUGUACCGCCUUUACAAUGAUGUCUACAAGUAUAGACGAACCUAUGAGUGUCCCAGUUCAGGAAUCUCAAUAGUGACUUUAAACAAAGUUGAAUUCAGUAAGGACGAAGGCUGUCAUUAAGGCCUGUACAGUAUGACAACCAUUCAGAGAAAAUGUAUAUAAGCAAAUACUAUUAUUAGAAGUACAGAUGUUAAUGAAAGCUUUGAAGGAUAUUUUGUUCAAGCGUGUAUAUAUAAGCACACCACAGAAACCAAACCAGCAAAUCAAAAUGUGUUCUGCACAAUAAGCCAAAGUUUUGCACCUGUUGUUCAUUGUGACCACUUUCCAAAUCCUGAUAGAAGGAGAGAUGGUAUUUUAAGGGACCUACUAGUACUAGAUGUCAGUAAUGUUAUUUGUAUGGUUUUAUAGUUAGUAGUUAAUUUAAAAUGUG